AUGCGGAAGCAAAAACUCUCGAUUCCCCUCAUUGCUGUUCUCAAGACCACCAAAUCACGGUCCCAAGCCGCGACCGCGACCGGCCUUUCCCCGCCUCCCCGCCUCGCCCGCCAAGCCGCCUUCGACUUCAAGUUCUUGUCCGACCCGGACCCCAGCGUCGUCGAUGGCUACGGCGGUCGCCAGGAGGCCGAUCUCCUCGGCACCUCUCGCAUCUCCGGUGACGACGAGGACAAGGAUGGCAUUGGGAGCGGCGGAUGCGAUCCGGUCCAGACCCCCAACACCAAGCUGGAGCUCCGGCAGGCCCUUGAGAUGCCGGAAGCUUGCCAGAUCGGGAGCUUCCGAUCCUCGGGAGACUAUCCCCGGUUCCUCAGCUGA